AUGCCAGUACGGGGACCAAACGCGGGCCAAUCUGGUCGCAGGCCCGAAGCACUUUCAACACCUCCGCUCAAGAGACGCCGCCGGCCCCCCCUUGCAUGCUUUCAAUGUAGGAGGAGGAAGAUCAAGUGCGAUCAGGAGAGACCCUGCAAUAACUGUACCAAGGCAAAAAUCCCCGACUGUAACUUCCCGCCUUCUGAAAUCCCUGGCUCCCUGGACCAUGGUCCCGAUCUUCCGACACCGCAGACUCAAGCGAGAUCAGUAUCCUGUGAUUCGCCUUCCUCACAGGACCCUUCAGCAUUUCCGGGGCAGAGCCACGUGGGCAUAUUCCCGGAUGUAGAAUCGGCGAUAACUGUUCGGAGCACAGCAUCUGCUGCUUUGCCAAGGGACCUGAAUACUGGAACACGAUCCCUCCCUGUUUCGCAGUCACCGCAUGGAGACCAGCUGCUUCAGAGGAUAAAGGAAUUGGAGGAAACCGUAAAGCAGCUGUCCAAUGAUCGGGCCUCGACACAUAACGCGUCCCAUACCCAGAGUCAGGCUGCGACUGGCGGCUGUGACGCCUCAGGAGUCAGGUUUGGUGCCCAGAGCGCUUGGAUCAACGGCACCAGCUUGUACUCAAACAUCCUCCGGCCACUUGCGAAGGCUCAAACCGAAAAGUCCCAGCUGCACCAAGCGACCACCAAUUUCAAGACCCUCCGUAGACAAAUCGACCAGUAUUUCGCAGUCCCCGUCACGCCGAUAGCCACCGGGACGAGAAUACCAGAUAAGCCGUUGGCUGAUAGCUUCCUUGAGAACUAUUUUGAUCACUUUGAGGGAUGGUUACGGGUUCUUCAUGUCCCCAGUUUCCGUUCCGAAUAUGUAAAGUUCUGGCAACAGCGAGACACUGUCGAUCAGAUUUUUGUCCUACAACUUCAGGUUUGUAUGGCUUUGGGAAUCACCGCCCAUCCAGACUGUCUUGUUUGGAAGAAUGCCGCAAACCAAUGGAUACACGAAGGUCACAGGUGGCUCCAGGAUUCGUUUGAAAGGGCGAAGAAGAAGCCCUCCUUUGAGGAAGUCCAACUAGCCUGUCUUGUCCUAAUUGCUGAAGCCAACGCGUCCGAAAAUGAUCAGAUGCACCAAUGCUGGGUAUCAGUCGGUCAACUUGUGAGACGAUCAAUGUACCUUGGACUUCACCGCGAACCUCGACAUAUCCUGCCCAAUCCUUCCAUUAUUCAGGCAGAGAUGCGCCGGCGGCUAUGGACGACUGUUCUUGAGUUGAAUCUCAUGCUAUCCCUCCAAGCCGGCCAACCAACGAUGGUCUCUUCUUCGGAUUACGACAUUCGCCCCCCAUCUAAUCUGGCGGAUGAGGAACUUACAAAUGAGCCGGAUGAGACUAAAGUGAUAGAAUCCAGUGCCAAAAAGCAGACUCGGACAACUCCUCAACUGGCUCUCUUCGACUCAUUCCUUCUUCGCUCUGAAAUCGUUAAUAAACUGAACGGCAUUGGCCAAACCAUGUCGUAUGAUGAGGUGUUUCGGUUCCACAAGGAUCUGAGCAAAGCCAAAGGAAGAAUGCAACAAACCUUCAGAGCUGGCUACACAGCUACCACCUCGACGAAUUCUGCCCAUAAUUCGAUCGCGAAUAUCAUCCUCUCCCGUUACCUUUUAGCCCUUCAUCUCCCCAUAUUGGGACAUUCAAUCAGAAACCCGACAUUUCAUUUUUCUCGGAGGUUUUGCAUUGCCGCCUCGAUUGAAAUGGCCAAGGUCAGUGGGAUUCUAGUCAGCAGCCGCGGAGCUGAUCCGCGUGCAAACGAUGAGGUGCUACCCUCUCUCAAGAGACUCUUCGUCAACAGCCCGGGUCUAUUUCGACAUAUCACGAUCCAAGCUAUAUUCGCCAUUUCAUUGGAGCUUGUAACUUCUCAAGAGGAAGAACAGGAGAAUCUUGGGGUUUUCCCAGUCUGGGACACCGCCGAGCUAUUUCGAUCUCUUCAGGCGGCCGAGGCCUGGUGCGCAGAUCGAUUGCAGGCGGGAAUCUCCGACCACCUAGGCUACUGUUUCGUCGGUGCUUGUUUGGCAUACGCGCAUUCUCUCCAAACUGAGGGACUAGGGACUGAUCUUAGUCAGGUCGUUGUCCAAGCUGCAUUAAGGAACGUGGAAAACUGUUCGAGGAUUAUGCGAGAUGUUGCCGAGAAACUAGGCGUGCCGGUCAAUCAAGGCAAUUCCAUGACUUCUGGGGUUGGAAACAUCUCUGCCUCGCUGCCGGACGUAAUGGACAUGUCUAUGGAUCUAACAAGUGGCUUUUUUGGUGUUGGUAUGGAUGGUUUUGCGUUUGAUUGGACUUAUCCUUUAGACAUUGGGCUGGAGCCAACUUGGGGGCUCAACACUGUUUCUAACACUUUGUGA